AUGGCUGAAAAUCAGAAAAUAAAAAUAAAAAAUUAUUCAACACGUAUUCCACAAUGGAAAAAAAUUGACAAAGAAAUUCAACAACUUACACAACAAUAUAAUAAAAUUGAUCCUGGAUCUAUUCAAACUUUUAAUGAUUUUCCAUUAAGUCGAAAAACUCUUGAUGGUCUAGCAAAAGCUGGUUUCAUACAUCCAACUGACAUUCAACGUGAAGCAAUUGGAGUUGCAUUACAAGGCCAUGAUAUACUAGGAGCAGCAAUGACUGGCUCAGGAAAAACUCUUGCAUUUCUUAUUCCAGUUCUUGAAUGUCUCUAUCGAGCUCGAUGGACAAUUAAUGAUGGUCUUGGUAUUUUAAUUAUAUCACCGACACGUGAACUUGCAUAUCAAACAUUUGAAGUAUUAAAAAAAAUUGGUCAAUUUCAUGAUUUUUCUGCUGGAUUGAUUAUUGGUGGAAAAGAUUUAAAAGAUGAACAAGGCCGUAUUAAUCGUACAAAUAUUGUUGUUUGUACACCUGGUCGAUUAUUACAACAUUUUGAUGAAACAUGGAAUUUUUCAUGUGAAAAUUUAAAAAUACUUAUUAUUGAUGAAGCUGAUCGUACAUUAGAUAUGGGUUUUGCUGAAACAAUGCGUUCAAUUAUAUCUAAUUUACCUAAUCAACGACAAACAUUAUUAUUUUCUGCUACACAAACAAAAUCAAUUCGUGAAUUAGCAUUAGUUAGUUUAGAAAAACCAGUUUAUAUUUCUGUACAUGAAAAAGCUAAUACAAGUACACCAACAAAUCUUACACAAAGUUAUAUUGUUUGUGAAGUAUCACAAAAAAUAAGCUUAAUAUGGUCAUUUAUUAAAAAUCAUCUCAAAUCAAAAAUGAUUGUUUUUAUUCAAAGUUGUAAACAGGUUAAAUUUAUCUAUAAUGUUGUAUGUAAACUUCGUCCAGGUUUACCAGUACUUGCUCUAUAUGGUACAAUGGGUCAAAUGAAACGAAUGUCAAUAUAUGAUACAUUUUGUCGAAAACAAUAUGCAUGUUUAUUUGCAACAGAUAUUGCUGCACGAGGCUUAGAUUUUCCGGCUAUUAAUUGGGUUAUUCAAUUUGAUUGUCCACCUGAUGCAAAUACAUAUAUUCAUCGAGUUGGACGAACUGCACGAUUUGAACAUGGUGGAGAAGCUUUAUUAAUUUUAACUAGUCGUGAAGAACAAGGAAUGAUUAAACAAUUAGAAGAUAAAAAAGUUCCGAUAAAAAAAAUCGAAGUUAAUUCAAAUUAUAUUCAUGAUUUAACACCAAAAGUUCAAGCACUUUGUGCACAAUUUCAAGAACUUAAAGAAGAAGCAAAACGAGCCUUUACUUCUUAUCUUCGUUCACUUAUUCUAAUGGGUAAUCGAAAAGUCUUUGAUGUGCAAUCAAUUGAUACAGAUGCUUUUGCUAGUUCAUUGGGUCUUGAAAUUGCUCCAAAAGUUCGUUUUAUGAAAAAAGGACAAAAACAAGAACAAUCAAUAGAUACAGAUACGAAAUCAUCUAUUGAAAAUAAAAAUAAUACUGAAGAAGAAAAUAAAGAUGAUGAUGAUGAUGAUGAUGAUGAUGAUAAUUGGUUUACAGUCAAAAAAACGUCUGAUACACUUGAACAAGAAAUUUUUAAUUUAUCCGAACCAUUAGAAAAAGAAAAGAAAUUAACAAAAACUAAAUUAGCUAGAAAAUUACGGAAAAAAAAUCUUCUUAUUAAUAAACGUAUUGAAUAUGAUGAUGAAGGCAAUGCAAUUAUUCAUUCCGAUGAAGAAGAUCAAUCACCAAUAUAUAAUAUUGAAGAAGCUAAAACACGUCUUCAACAAAUCGAUAAAACAGAUAAAGAAGCUUAUCGUGCAUUAGUUAAACAAAAACAUAAGGAACGUCGUAUGAAAGAGAAAGAAGCUCGUCGAGCAGCACGAGAAGCUAAACGUCUUAAACAGGAACAAGAAGAAGAAGAAGAAGAAGAAGAAGAAGAAAUUAAUCAAAAUGAAGAAGAAUCUCCUUCCAAUGGAACUGACGAACAAGAAAGAUUAGAAAGAAAACGAAGCUUAUCACCUGUUGAACCUAGGAAGAGAAAGAAAAUACAACGAUCACUAAAAGAAUUUAUCAAUGAUGAUACUACAAAGACUAUUAAUGAUACAGAACAACUUGCACUGUAUUUAUUAUCAAAAUAA